AUGUCCACUUCUGAGAUCGACCCGGAGGCUGGGUAUUUCCCCAGUAUAUGGGACGUGUUCAAGGUGCGAUACCUGUUGCAAUGGAAACUCAGCGAAGGAUUCCCAGCAGAGUUGGUAGACGAGAUUAUCGAUGCAGCCGAAUAUUGGCCUUCCACCGAGCACCACAUGGCGAAGGAGAACGAAUGCCGGAUUAUUCGAAAUGACCAGGAUCAAGUUUUGUUGAAGACUGUGCCACUUUGCUAUUCGCGAAAGAGUCUAGAGCAAUCAACACCAAAACCAUUACCUCAUCGGGGUAUGCAUCCAUGCCGUAAGAUCGUUUUCGAAAUCUCUUCGCACGACCAGGGCGCCAAAGGUUACGGGUUGCGACCGGACAUGUAUACAGCUACCUGGACUUGGUUCGACACUGAAAUGAUUCGUGGUGCACAUACUCGCCAGAUGUAUAUCGAUGGAGUGGAGCAAGAACUAUUGCAUAAUGAGCGGGGACAAGUCCGGCAACAUUACGGACCCAAGGAUGAACUUCUCCUUCCACGGGAUAACAAGGUGCAGGUGAACGGCAAACAUAUGGGCGAUGUACAGAACCAUGUCAUUGUGUGGCACUAUCUGGAUAAUAUUCCUUUCGAUUCCCCUGAGGCCUAUGAGAUUGAGGGGACCAAGGGCCGAGGGCGGUCCACAUUAGAUGGUCGAUAUGUGCGUGAGUUGGAGGUUGGGGACUCGAUUGCACUCUGGGCGCGAGCGAGGUUCCCAGGCUGGACGAACUAUGUCUACAAGGCCACAGUUCGAGUAUUCUGGGCUGUGUGA